AUGCAUGAGGUCGAGGCAUCACCAUCUCUGUUGGAACCUUCGCUUCACCUCCGUGCUGUCACGUCGACGUCCCUGACCAGUAUCCCAGUGGUGCUCAAGGACCGGGCCAGCAUGCUGAAGAGCAGUCCCGCCCGGGGCUUCUAUCCGGCCCCCCUCCACGGCCCCCAUCCCUACUUGGACUUCUUCCCGCAGACGCACAGCCUCCUCCAUCCUCUCAAGUCCCUCGGUCGCCUCAUAUCGGACACCGACGCGUCCAUGCCGCUCAGCCUGCACGGGGGCGCGCCCCCGUUCCUCGGCCAGGCCGAGCACCACACCUCGGUGCUGCACGAGCACAUGUUGAACGCCUCCUGCAUCCCCUACCUGAGCCAGAUGUUGCCCGGACACGCGCUCUACUCCAAGCCCGAGGAGCUGGCCGCCGUGGUGACCGAGCACGCGGCCGGUCCGCUGUCUUCGGACUUCAGCAGCCCGUUCAGCGAGCGCUCCUCCUCCGCCUCGUCCUCCGCCGCCUCGCCGCCCAAGGAGACUUUGUUUCGUGUUCACGUCGCGGAUCUGUCGCCGGAAAAAGCGCGCAAGUCCUAUAAUUUUAGCGAGGAUGACCUGUUCACGGUGCUGUACGGAUACUCGUGCAGCCAGGAGCGCAGCGUGGGCCACGCUGUCUCAGGAGUGGCUCUGUCCGAAAACCAAGGUCCUGACCCUCACGUUCUCCCGCUGGACAAAGAGACGCUCGAACUUCCAGACGGUUUAACCGUCCUCCAGGCUGCGUGGGGAGCCGCCUCGCACCGUGGAGUGUUCACGGACAAAGGCAGCAUUGCCAAAGGGACGCGCUUCGGGCCUUUCCAAGGAAAACUGGUCAACACUAGUGAGAUUAAAACUUACGACGACAACACCUUGAUGUGGGAGGUGUUUGAGAACGGCCGGCUGAGUCAUUUUGUGGACGGCAGAGGCAGCUCGGGGAACUGGAUGUCUUUGGUGAAGUGCGCUCGUUUCCCGGAGGAGCAGAACUUGGUUGCCGUGCAGAUCCAGGGUCAGAUCUUCUACGAGGCCUGCAAGGAGAUCAGGCCGGGCCAGGAGCUGCUGGUGUGGUACGGGGACUGCUACGUGCAGUUCCUCGGCAUCCCACUCACCCUGAAAGACCCGAGGGACGAGAACAAACCGGUUCCACCCACCGAAGAUUCCGGCGAGGGGUUCAAGUGUGACAGGUGUGGCAAGGUGUUCGCAUACAAAUACUACAGAGACAAGCACCUGAAGUACACGCGCUGCGUGGACCAGGGCGACAGGAAGUUCCCCUGUCACCUGUGCAACAGAUCCUUCGAGAAGAGAGACAGAUUAAGGAUCCACAUCUUACACGUUCACGAGAAACACAGGCCUCAUAAGUGCUCAGUGUGUGGAAAGAGUUUCUCGCAGUCGUCCAGUCUGAACAAACACAUGCGUGUGCACUCUGGAGAAAGACCCUACAAAUGUGUUUACUGCAAUAAGGCCUUCACUGCCUCCAGUAUUUUGCGCACACACAUCCGUCAACACUCCGGAGAGCGGCCCUUCAAGUGCAAGCACUGCGGGAAGGCCUUUGCCUCCCACGCCGCUCACGACAGCCACGUCCGCAGGACCCACGCCAAGGACAAGCCGCACGCGUGCGACCUGUGCGGGGCAUCGUUCCAGGACGAGCAGGAGCUGAAAUACCACGCUAAAAGCCACAAAAAAAGACAAAUCCUGGGCAGCACCGCUGUCCAGUCCUCUCCAGGCGGUGGAUUACAAGAGGACUCCGUGAUUCCAGGCAAAGACAAUUCAAAACCACAGAAAACAGCGGCACAAAACGCUCCUUAUACCGGGUUAACGGUUUUAAAUCCGGAGUAUCGGCCCUGGAACUAGUCUGUGACCU